UGAAUUACGAUAAGCUUUUUGUACUUGCAGAGCAAAACCCCAUAGAUCCAACUUCUUCAUAUUCUCAGUUAAUUGAAUAUCUCCCAAUUUUAAGCUCGAGGGGCCAUGAAGUUCAUGGAAAUGCCUUCUUUUGCUCUCUUCCUUCUACUUCUUGAUCUGGUCGUGGCGGCACCCACCACAGGACCGCCAGCGGCCUCCCUACUGUCGCACUCUUACUAUCAGCGGACAUGCCCGGAUGCCGAGGGCAUCAUUCACCGGAAAGUGCAAGCUUGGAUCAACAAGGAUUCCACGUUAGCUCCGGCGCUCAUUCGCUUGCAUUUCCACGACUGCACUGUUAGAAUGGACCUGGUUUUUCUGGAUUCCACCACCCCGAGGAUGUUCGAUUCCGCGUAUUUCACGAACCUUCAGAACAAAUUAGGGCUUCUUUCGACAGAUCAGGCGCUGGUUUCUGAUGAAAGGACUUCUUCGUUUGUGGAUUUAAUGGCGAAUCAGCCGUUUCUGUUCGACAGCCAGUUUUCAGCUUCGAUGGUGAAAUUGGGCAAUGUGGGAGUGCUGACCAGGAAAAACGAAGGGGAAAUUCGAGCCAAUUGCAAUUUCGUCAAUCACAGAAGGAAAUGAUGGAAUCAGAAUGGAUGAGUUGUUUGCCAUUUUUACAUUGCUCUCUGCAUGGAAUCUUAUCUUAUCUUAUCCGAGUUCAAAUAAAUUGAUCUGAUAAAGGGUUUGUUAGUGAUAUUGUUGAUAACAAAUUGUGUGAGCUUUUGCUUGAGAGUUUGAUUCAUAGGUUAGAUUUGUGAACCCGAGGGUAAGAAGUUGAACUUGUGUUGAAUUAGAAGUGUCUAUAUUUCUGUAACUUAUUUCUUUAUAUAAUAAUGGGAAUACAAAUUAUACGGUCUUAACUUUCUAA